GCAACAUUGAAAAGGAAAACAAAUCAGUCCGGAAAUCAAAAUAUUUUCCAUUCCCUUCAGAGAGCUGCACAAUUCUCCAACUUCCUCAGCAGCAAAAGAGGGAAAUAUCUGGAAGUUACUGGGGAGGAAAAGGACAAUUGGAAAACCACGUGGAACAGACAGUGUGACAGGCAAUGCUCUGGGAGGAAGAAAACGGCUUGAAACAAAACACCAUCAAACAAGGGACCAUCCAUAUUUUUGAUCUCUUCAGGAAUAUAAGUUGUGGAAAAGCUCCAUAGACGUGCCAGUUGUGUGAAAGUUACAACUUGCAAAUCAUAGUUGAUUACGCAUGAGAGGAUCCAGACUGGAGAAAAGCCAUACAAAUACUUUGAAUGUGACAAAACCUUUGGUCACAACAGCUCCGUUUUGUUUCAUGGAACGACCCACACAACAGAAGCCCUAAAAGUGCUCCCAAUGCAGAUAAAUGCUUUAGCAAGUAUGGCAACGUGGACUCACACCAAGGAGAAACUGUUUGAAUGUCCUGAAUGUGGGAAAUGUUUCUGUGAUAAAUCCAGCCUGGUGAAACACCAUAGGACUCACGCAGGAGAGAAACCCUUUCAAUGUCCUGAUUGUGGGAAAAGUUUCAGUUGGAAUUCCAACCUGUUGACACACCAGAUGACUCACACAGGAGAGAAACCCUUUGAAUGUCCUGAUUGUGGAAAACGUUUUAAUCAUCAUUCCAGCCUGGUGACACACCAAAGGACUCACACAGGAGAGAAACCAUUUGAGUGUCCUGAUUGUGAGAAAAGCUUUAGUCAAAAUUCUCACCUCGUUUCACACCAGAGGAUUCACACAGGAGAGAAACCCUUUGAGUGUCCUGAUUGUGGUAAAAGUUUUAGUGACAAUUCCAGCCUGGUGAAACACCAGAGGACUCACACAGGAGAGAAACCCUUUAAAUGUCCUGAUUGUGGAAAAAGCUUUAGUCAAAAUUCUCAUCUCGUUUCACACCAGAGGAUUCACACAGGAGAGAAACCCUUUGAGUGUCCUGAUUGUGGAAAAAGCUUUAAUCAAAAUUCUCAUCUCGUUUCACACCAGAGGAUUCACACAGGAGAGAAACCCUUUGAGUGUCCUGAUUGUGGAAAAAGCUUUAGUCAAAAUUCUCACCUCGUUUCACACCAGAGGAUUCAUACAGGAGAGAAACUCUUUGAGUGUCCUGAUUGUUGUAAAAGUUUUAGUCACUAUUCCAGCCUGGUGACACACCAAAGGACUCACACACGAGAGAAACCAUUUGAGUGUCCUGAUUGUGGUAAAAGUUUUAAUGACAAUUCCAGCCUGGUGAAACAUCAGAGGACUCACACAGGAGAGAAACCGUUUGAAUGUCCUGAUUGUGGGAAAAGUUUUAGUCGGAUUUCCAACCUGGUGAUACACCAAAGGAUUCACACAGGAGAGAAACCCUUUGAGUGCCCUGAUUGUGGGAAAAGCUUCAGUAACAAUUCUAACCUGGUGAUACACAGGAGGAGUCACACAGGAGAGAAACCCUUUGAGUGUCCUGAUUGUGGUAAAAGUUUCAAUACCACUUCCAAGCUGGUGACACACCAGAGGGUUCAUACAGGAGUGAAACCCUUUGAGUGUCCUGAUUGUGGGAAAUGUUUCAGUCGGAAUUGUAGUCUGGUUGGACACCAGAGGGUUCACACAGGAGAGAAACCCUUUGAGUGUUCUGAUUGUGGUAAAAGUUUUAGUCACUAUUCCAGCAUGGUGACACACCAAAGGACUCACACAGGAGAGAAACCAUUUGAGUGUCCUGAUUGUGGGAAAAGCUUUAGUCAAAAUUCUCACCUCGUUUCACACCAGAGAAUUCACACAGGAGAGAAACCGUUUGAGUGUCCUGAUUGUGAGAAAUGUUUCAGUGAGAAUUCUUGUCUGGUUAGACACCAGAGAAUUCACAUAGGCGAGAAACCCUUUGAGUGUCCUGAUUGUGAGAAAUGUUUCAGGGAGAAUUCUAACCCUUAGAAUUAGUUAAGGAUUGUAUGAUAAAGUGGGCUCAAAAUAUUGAAGAACCAAUAAUGUUGGACACAUGGGAAAGAAUUUGGGUA